AAUAUUGACAACUCUGCCAACAUCCUAGGAAAAAUUACGAACUAUAUCAAAACCACUCUCAAAGUCGGUGAUCACAAAGAACAUGCCAAAUUCUCUGUCACCGACAUAGGAGAAGACAAUUUAAUCUUAGGACUUCCUUGGCUACGGAAACGUAAUCCAGCCCUUAACUGGAGAAACGGGCAUAUG